GAAUCGAUAACAGACAGAAGUAAGCCGGAGAGUUUAGACGAAUAGAAUAGAUACACGUGUCCGAUCCAAUAACCAUAAUACCAACAACUUCGUUCUUCUUCUCUUAUAUUAUAAUCAAAGCUUCGUUCGACCAUUCCCUUCUGCAAAUGCUUCAAUUCACAGUAUUUGAUUGAAGGAAAUACAAAGAUGCAGAGGUUGUUGCUUCAUCUUGUUCUUCUCGCUUCCUUUGUGUUCUUGAGCAGAGAUGUGUAUGCAGGGAUCACUAGUUCUUUUGUUAGAUCCGAGUUUCCAUCUGUUGAUAUUCCACCUAAUCAUCCAGCAUUUGCAGUUCCUAAGGGACAUAAUGCACCUCAACAAGUGCAUAUCACACAAGGUGAUUAUGAUGGAAAAGCAGUGAUCAUCUCAUGGGUGACCCCAGAUGAACCAGGGUCCAGUCAUGUACAAUUUGGCACGUCAGAGAAUAAAUUUCAAUCUAGUGCACAAGGCACAGUUUCAAAUUACACUUUCGGCGAAUACAAGUCUGGUUACAUUCAUCAUUGUCUUGUUGAAGGACUUGAGCAUAGUACUAAAUACUACUACAGAAUUGGAAGUGGUGAUUCUUCUCGAGAAUUUUGGUUUGAAACACCUCCUAAAGUUGGACCAGAUGCCACCUACAAAUUUGGGAUCAUUGGUGAUCUGGGACAAACAUUUAAUUCUCUUUCCACUCUUGAGCACUAUAUAGAGAGUGAAGCUCAAACUGUUCUAUUUGUUGGAGAUCUUUCUUAUGCUGAUAGGUAUCAGUACACUGAUGUUGGUUUGCGGUGGGAUACAUGGGCUCGAUUUGUUGAAAGGAGUACAGCAUAUCAGCCAUGGAUAUGGAAUACAGGAAAUCAUGAAAUAGAGUACUUUCCCUACAUGGGAGAAGUUGUUCCUUUCAAGUCCUAUCUUCAACGAUAUACUACUCCUUAUUUGGCGUCCAAGAGUACCAGCCCCCUUUGGUAUGCAAUCAGGCGUGCAUCUGCUCAUAUAAUUGUGUUAUCCAGCUAUUCUCCAUAUGUAAAGUACACACCACAAUAUAAAUGGCUCAGCGAUGAGCUGCUGCGGGUUGAUAGGGAAAAGACACCUUGGCUCAUUGUUCUCAUGCACGUGCCGCUCUACAACAGUAAUGAAGCUCACUUUAUGGAAGGUGAAAGCAUGCGAGUGGUUUACGAAAGCUGGUUCAUCAAGUACAAGGUUGAUGUGAUCUUUGCUGGCCAUGUUCAUGCCUAUGAAAGAUCGUAUCGAUUCUCCAAUGUAGAUUACAACAUAACAACUGGUAACCGGUAUCCCGUAGCUGACAAAUCAGCACCUGUGUACAUCACAGUCGGAGAUGGAGGAAAUCAAGAAGGUCUUGCUUCUAGGUUUAGGGAUCCUCAGCCAGAAUACUCUGCAUUUCGUGAAGCCAGCUAUGGGCACUCCACGUUGGAGAUAAAAAAUAGAACACAUGCUGUCUACCACUGGAACCGCAAUGAUGAUGGCAAGAAAGUGGCAACCGACUCAUUCGUAUUGCAUAACCAGUAUUGGGGAAACAAUAGGAGGAGAAGAAAACUGAAGCAUUUUCUAUUGACAGUUAUUGAUGAAGUUGUCAGCAUUUAAUAAGAAUUCAAAGCAAUCUCAUACUUGACGAUGUGCAAUGAAUAAAAAUGUGCUUCCUGAUUGAUACAUGCUGCUCAAUAGCGUCUCUGAGUGAGUGAAACGUGGGUUGUGAGAAAUGAUUUUAUGUACACUUGGUUUGUAUCUAUGUAUCCUUCGGUGCUAAUAAAUAUUGAACAUAUAUGUUCGUAGUAGGAGAUAAAUGUUUCAGACCAAGAUAUUCUUUAUUAUUAAGGAUAAUGAUGGCCAAGUUACAUGUUCAUUUUUUCUAA